AUGUCCUUAAUUCCAAGUAAUUCCGGUUCUGUUCCAUUACCGCCCCUUUUUACCUUAAAAGACAACCAUAGGAUUCGUAAACGUGUUCCUCUUAGGAGUACUGUAGGUGGUGAGAACUCGGGAAAAGAAUCAUGGGAAUCUCCCGUUAGAAUCAGUUGUGCUUCUUCUAUUGACAGGAAGGGUGUGAAUGCAGGUUCUUAUGACAUUAGAGGAAAAACGAGUGAAAAAUAUUUUUCUGAUCAAAUUGAGCUGGAAAAUUUGUGGGAUGAUGGAUAUGGGACACAAACGCUGAAAGAUUACCUUGAAGUUGCCAAGGAUUUGAUCAAGAGUGACGGAGGGCCACCUAGGUGGUUUUGCUCUGUUUCAUGUGGCCAACCCUUAAAAGAUUCACCAAUUCUUUUGUUUCUACCUGGAGUCGAUGGGACUGGAGCCGGCCUUGUUGUACACGAGAAAUCUCUUGGAAAGGCUUUUCAUGUUCAAUGUUUGCAUAUUCCUGUUUCUGACCGAACACCAUUUGAAGGUUUGAUUAAAAUUGUGGAAGAAACUGUGAUGAUCGAGUACACUUUGUCCCCAAAUAAACCAAUUUAUCUGCUCGGAGAGUCUUUUGGAGGCACGUUGGCACUUGUAGUCGCUGCUCGAAAUCCUAACAUUGACCUAAUACUUGUCCUAGCUAACCCAGCAACUUCCUUUGAUAGGUCAAUGAUGCACCCUUUUUCAUCAUUCCUGAGGGCUUUACCUGAUGAACACUAUUGGAUGUUUACUUCUGCCAUUAAGCCUAUUCUUGGUAAUUACAUAAAGAUGGCGAUGGUCAAAAUCUAUGAUAUAAGUCUUUCGGCUUUUCUUUGGCAAUUGCCUGGAAAUCUUAGUAAAUACCUACCACUUCUUUCUGUCGUGGCCAAAAUAUAUCCUAAAGAAACUCUUACAUGGAGGUUGAAGCUAGUUGAAUCCGCUGCUGCUUACGCUAAUUCUCGUCUUCAUGCUAUUAGGGCCCAAGUUUUAGUUCUUGCUAGUGGUAACGACAAGCUCAUGCCAAGUAAAAAUGAAGCAUGGAGGCUUUCCAGAUUGUUAAAACGCUGCAAUGUCCGUGUGUUUGAAGGAAAUGGGCACACAAUCUUAUUGGAGAGUGGAGUUAACGUGCUUUAUUUUAUUAAAGCUAAUGAGAUAUACCGUCGUUUUUCGAAGUAUGAUGUUAUUAAGGACUUUUUCCCUGUUAGUAUAACAGAGCUCAAAACCUCACUGGUAGAGACUUGGUGGUACAACCUUUAUAUAGAUGCAGUAAUGUUUUCAACAAUGGAGGAUGGAAAGGUUGUAAGAGGUCUUGCAGGGAUUCCAGAUGAAGGACCUGUAUUGAUUGUUGGUAAUCACAUGCUAUUAGCAUUUGAUAUUUGUCCUCUGGUCGCGGAGUUUGUAAGAGAAAAGAAGAUCAUGCUUCAUGGUUUAACACACCCUGAUCUUUUUCGGGGUAAUGCUGCACUAGAAUCUCUUGCAAUUCCCUUCACCGAUCUUAUAAAGAUAGCUGGCUCAACUCCAGUUUCUGGAAGAAACCUUUUCAGAUUGUUAGCAAAAAAGUCGCAUGUGUUACUUUACCCUGGUGGUAUACGUGAAGGUCUCCAUCGUAAGGGGGAAGCUGGCAAGUUGUUUUGGCCUGAAAAACAAGAAUUUGUAAGGAUGGCAGUGAAGUUCGGUGCCACCAUUAUACCAUUUGGUGGAGUUGGGGAAGAUGACAUAGCGGAACUAAUCAUUGAUUAUAAUGACAUGAAAAGAAUUCCUUUUCUCGAUCAGAAGGUGAAUGAAUUAAAUCAAGGGAAAAAAAAUUUGAGAGAGGGAAUGGGUGGAGAGAUCGCGAACCAACCGUUUCAUCUACCCAUCUUUUUGCCCAAGAUACCUGGUCGACUCUACUUUAUGUUCGGGAAACCUAUAUUAACAAAAGGGAAGGAAAAGAUGUCGAAUGACGAAGAUUAUUUGCAAGAGUUAUACUCCCAGAUAAGAUAUGAUGUUGAAAACAAUAUUGCUUAUUUGUUAAAAAUGCGAGAACAAGAUCCUUAUAGAGGCAAUGUUGAAAGAAUCAUCUGGAAAAUUUUCCAUUAUGGGAAUUCGCAUAAAGUUCCAUCUUUCGAGCCAUGAAUUUGGAAGUCAUUUGUAGGCAGAUUUUGUAUGGGUGUAAAAUGUAUUCAUCAAAUGUAAUCAACUUUAUCAAGGGAAAAAUUGUGUCAUAUGUUCAAUAGAAAUCAGUUAUAAGGUUGUGUUUGGUUGCA